AACAAGUAAACACACGCACGUGCUCGGCUGUCUCCUGGCGGCUUAUUUCUAGGGUCUGUUCCCUGAAGCGCCGCCGUGGGUGGGUCAGGCUUAGGGGCCACGUCACGCUGCCCACCUGCCCCGCGUGGGAAAGGCUCAUCUCGGCUUCGGGCUUUGCCUUAAGUCGUCCUGCCCGGCUGUUAGCGAGGCGCCUGGGGGACCGAGCAGAACGGCUCCUCUCCAUGAUUCCCGCCAGCUGCCUGCAGCCGGUGCGACCAUUGCUGUCCCCUCGCUCCCUCACCUGGCAGCGUGCCAACCCCGAAAUGCGUGGACACCGGCGCCCCCAGGAGCCCCCCGGGGAUGGCUGGCCCCUGUGGUGGCCGUGGGCUCACCCCUGUGCACCACCCACUCAUGGCGGGGCUCUCGCUGCCUUUCAGCUCCCGGUUCUCCUGAAGGGAACGUCGGAUGACGACGCGCCGUGUCCGGGCUACCUGUUCGAGGAGAUCGCCAAAAUCUCCCACGAGUCGCUGGGCAGCAGCCAGUGCCUCCUGGAGUACCUCCUGAACCGGCUGCACAGCGGCUCCGGCCGCGUGAAGCUCAAGGUGCUGAAGAUCAUGCUGCACCUGUGUGCCCACGGCUCCUCCUCCUUCCUGCUCAUCCUCAAGCGCAACCCAGCCUUCAUCCAGGAAGCGGCAGGGUUCACGGGGCCCCCGGACCCUCUCCACGGGAACAGCUUGUACCAGCAAGUGCGGGCGGCCGCCCAGGACUUGGGGAGCACCUUGUUCUCGGACACCUUGUCCCCUCCUCCCCCCUCCCAGCCUCCCAGGGCCCUGCCUCCCGCAGGCAUGGGCUCCCAGUCCCGGCCCCAGGGCGCCCUCCGGGGCUUCGGCUACAGCAGGGAGCACGGUCCCACGGCCGCAAGACACCAGCCGGGGCAGGCGGGCGGGGGCUGGGACGAGCAGGACAGCAGCCCCGGCUCCCAGGGUUCUUGCCAGGACAAUGGCCAGAGCAGGGCCUCGGGCUCGGGCACUUGGGAGCCCUCCUUGAUUGCUCGGGUGGAUCUAUUUCACUUUCUCCACCUCGUGUCACAGCUCUCGGGUCUGCUUGGCUCCCAAAUGGGCAGCUCCUGGAGGACAGAAACUGCCGAGCCCAGCCCCGCAGCCACGCGUGUGGGCCAGUCCGACCUGCUGACAGACACUGUGCCUUUCGCCGGGGGCCCUGCGUCUCUCCAGCCUCUGAGUUCCACCCUGCUCUCCCCCAGGGGCCCUGCAGCCCCUCCCGCCCUGGGUGGGUGCCCCCUCCCAGGCCUCGGGGACGCCAGGAAGGCCGAGCCCAGACUGGCAGGUUCCAGAGAUCAGGAGCCCAGACCCGAGCAGGGCCGGUUGGGCUCGGACGCUCCCAAUGGAGGACCAGAAUCCGGCCUAGAACCCAGCGGCUGCCUGAGGGGCCCGGGGACCAGCAGCGGCCACAACUCCUUGUUUGCUGGCAUGCAGCUGGUGGCCUGCCCCCGCCUGGUGGAGGCUGGGACUGGUGCCCAGGAGCCCCCGCAGCCCCCUUGGACGUUGUCACACAGCGUGGCAGCCCCAGAGCCUCCUGGCUCAGAGCCAUCAGCUUUCGCCUUCUUGAACUCAUGACCCGGACAGUGACUGCACACGGUCCCCUCCGCCCUCAGCCCUGGUGUCUGUGUCGGCCUCUCCCUCUCACCCUGAGGCCUUGGUGCGGGGAGCAGCCCAGCCAGGAGAGCGCAGCGUGGACGAGCCUCCAGGAAUGAGCGCAGGAGCCACGAACUAGCCAGAGCCGCGUGGAGGCGGGGGAAGCAGCUGGCGGACUCGCAGGU